CAGGGGGCACAGAGACCUGGAGCCCCUGCCGACCAUGACCCAGAACCACCGCACGCCCAGCCCCGCCUUCACCCCCGUCCUGCUGGCCAUGCUGCUGGGCGGCCCCGUGCUGGCCUCGGAGAUUGUAGGGGGCCGGCCAGCCCGGCCGCACGCGUGGCCUUUCAUGGUGUCCCUGCAGCAGCGGGGCGGCCACUUCUGCGGAGCCACCCUGAUCACCCCACGCUUCGUCAUGUCGGCAGCGCACUGUGUGGAUGGCCAAAACUUUCGGAGGGUGCAGGUGGUGCUGGGGGCGCAUGACCUGCGGCAGCGGGAGCCCACCUGGCAGACGUUCUCAGUCCAGCGGAUCUUUGAAAAUGGCUUCGACCCCAUCAACCUGCAGAACGACAUUGUCAUCCUCCAGCUCAACGGGACAGCCACCAUCAACGCCAACGUGCAGGUGGCCCGGCUGCCCGCCCAGGGCCAGAGUGUGGGUGACGGGACACGCUGCCUGGCCAUGGGCUGGGGCCGCCUGGGCACAAACAACCCCCCGCCCAGCGUCCUGCAGGAGCUCAACGUGACGGUGGUGACCUCCCUCUGCCGUCGCUCCAACCUGUGCACGCUCGUGCGGCGCCGGCGGGCAGGCAUCUGCUUCGGGGACUCCGGGGGUCCGCUGAUCUGCAACGGGCUGAUCCACGGCAUUGACUCCUUCAUCCGCGGCAGCUGUGCCUCGGGCUUCUACCCAGAUGCCUUUGCUCCCGUGGCGCAGUUCGCAAACUGGAUCAACUCCAUCAUCCGCAGCCACGACGUCCAGCCGCCUUCCCGCCCCGGGGACCCAGGGAGCAGGGCCCGCUAGGAGGGGCUGCCCCACUGUCCCACCCCACCUGCCCACGGUGGCAUCAUCCACUGACUGCACAAUAAAAGUCCUCCGUUUUGUAGAGCA